UUUUUCUUUAUAAUUAACGUGAAAUGUUUUGUUCAUCUGUUCAUUUUACAUUAAUCUGCUUUGUGAAGAUCUCCCAAAAAAAGAAAAAAAAAAAAUUGUAAAACAAUGUGAAUAAAUCAAUAAACGUAAACAGUAAUAUAACAAAAGUCAAAUCAGAAAAGAAAAUCCCUUCUCGCAUAUAUCUCUCCUUUUCUUCCAUUUAUUCUUCACGCAAUUUCACAGCGCUGUUCAAUCUGAAUCACGAGGUCUUCGCAGGGAGGAAAGAGGGGAGACCCAUAAGAUCUCAGCCGUACGAUUCCAUUUCUCUCCUCCUUCUCCUCCCCUAUCCGCUGCUAAUCGGGUCGGAAAAUUUUCACCAUGAACGGGAAGGCGAACGUUUCGAAGGAGCUGAACGCCAAGCAUCGGAAGAUUUUGGAAGGGCUUCUUAAAUUGCCGGAGAAUAGGGAAUGCGCUGAUUGCAAAUGCAAAGGUCCUCGAUGGGCUAGUGUGAACUUAGGCAUAUUUAUAUGCAUGCAAUGCUCUGGAAUCCACAGAAGUCUUGGAGUGCACAUCUCCAAGGUUAGAUCUGCUACACUUGACACGUGGCUUCCUGAACAGGUUACAUUUAUUCAAUCCAUGGGAAACGAGAAGGCGAACAGUUACUGGGAGGCAGAGCUUCCAUCGAAUUAUGAUAGAGUUGGGAUUGAGAACUUUAUCCGUGCAAAGUAUGACGAGAAGAGAUGGACACCCAAGAAUGGUCAGGCAGGAUCACCUGCUAGGAGAAUAGAAGAAACUGCUUCUGUCAAUUUGCAUCAACCACAUGAUAGAAAUGAUAAUGGACAAGUCAGCAAUUCUGGAAACCCUUCUGAUGAGCGGAAGAGUGUCCGGAAACCAAGUUCAAAAACACCUAGUGCAAAGGGACAUAUUUCUGCUGCCACAAUUAGCUUUCCUGCCCCCCUAAAAGGACCAGAACUGGCUUCUCCAGUUCCAGUCACUGAACAAGUGAUUCUAGAAACAAAACCAGCUGUGCCGAAUGAAACUUUCAAGCCAGCUGCAGAAACUUUAUCUCCCCCAAAAGUUGAUUAUGCUACUGAUCUUUUCAAUAUGCUUUCUAUGGAUGAUUCUGUUGAAAACACUACCAAUGUAUCUGGGGAUGAUAACACAUGGGCAGGAUUUCAGGGUGCUGACGCAUUGCCAUCAACAGCAGAAAAGCCUGGGACAGCUAAGGGUGAUGAUAAUAAAACUCCAUCUGCUUCUGGAAUUGAAGAUCUUUUCAAGGAUUCAGAUCCAAUUGCGCCUAGUUCCAUGUCAGGGAAACCUCAAAAGGAUUUGAAAAAUGACAUCAUGUCUCUCUUUGAGAAGUCCAACAUGGUCUCACCAUUCGCUCUCCACCAACAACAAAUUGCCAUGCUAGCACAUCAACAGUCAGUUCUUAUGGCUGCUGCAGCUGGUGCUUCUGGUGGGACCGCCAAAGCUCCUGCCAACACACAACAAGGGCUGAAUGGAACCAACUUGCCACAUCAAAGUUGGCCUAAUUCUGCUUACCAGUUCCCUGGCAUGAUGAUGCCAAUAGCUGGAAAAAUUGAUCUAGAGAAAUAUAUGCAGAUGCUAAAUGGGGGAGCAGCUCAACCGGGUGGUAACUCUUUUGCAUUACCGAUGUCUAGCACAAACGCGGUGGGAGCUAAUGUGCCUAAAAAUACCAAAACACCCUCAGGAAACAGCAAACAAUCAGUGGCCGCAUCUGUUUCAUCAGGUUCUCUUCAGUCGGGAAAAGAGUACGAUUUUUCCUCUCUGACACAAGCUUUUUUCUCAAAACACUGAGUUUUAUUAUUUAUGUUCUUCUGUUUCCAUCAUAGCGCACAAAGUUGUGUUUUUCAUUUGUUAGGUGUGUCCGACAUACAAAUUUAUGUGGCAUGAAAUAUUCUUUUUUUCUGCUCCACUCUAUUUGUUUCAUGAAUUCUUAUAUUAAAGUAGAUUACAUCUAUUCAUGUACACAAUAAAUCAGUUCUUGUUGUAGACGUCGGAUGGAUUUCACUUUGUAAUGUGGACCGGCGGUCACUUGAUUCUUUUAGUUUUGUAUUUGUUUAUCUUACUUUUUGUAAGAUUCAAGUUUCAUAUUUUGAGGAUCUCAACAAUACACAUUUCAUAGCAUAAGUAUUUAUAUUUGUUAAUAAAAGUAUGGCAGG